AGAUUAUCAAGGAUGAAUAGCAAAUGUGACAUAUUAUCUGGAACAAUACCAGAAUUUGUUUAUAAAUGUGCUGGAAAUGAUCGAGUUGCAGCUGUAUUUGAUCAUGAAAAAAUCACUUUUACAUUUGCAGAUGUAAAAAAGAAAUGGAUACAUUAGCAGCAGGCCUAUUAUCAGUAGGCCUUAGGCCACAAGAUCGUAUUCUUAUUUGUGGCUCCAAUACAGCCCAUUUCUUUAUUUGUCCAUUAGCAUGCACAAGAGCUGAUUUAAUCUUUUCCUUGAUGAGUCCAAAUUUUGCGAAUGCUGAACAACUUAAAUAUGCUCUUGCUAAGGGUGAAUUUCGUGCUAUAAUUUGCUUUCCAGCUAAACGUGAAGCUGAAUUUUUGAGUAAUUUAUUAAAUGAAAUAUUACCAGAAUUAAUGUAUUCAAUUAAAGGCCGAUUAUGUUGUAAAGCUUUGCCAAAAUUAACUCAUAUUAUUACGGCUGAAGAAGAGCAUAAACAUGCUGGUACAUUUACAUUAUCCGAAAUUUAUGGACGAAGUAAUCGAGAGAAAAUUGAUAAAUUACCAAAUUUUACCAUAUGGGAUACGCAUAAACUUGCAGCUUUACAAUUUACCUCUGGUAUUUCAGCUCCAGCAAAAUUAGUUGGCUUAACACAUUAUCAAUUACUUAAUGGUUGUUAUGCAACAAUGCAAGCUAUUGGUUUUAAUGAUACAAGUUGUAUAUGUUGUGCUUUACCAUUAUUUAAAAUGCCCAUAUUUUCACUUAUUGGAUUGGUACCAUUUAUUGCAAAUACACGAGUGAUAUAUCCAUCACCAUCACCAUUGCCAAAAUUUCUUUUUGAAUCGAUCAAAAAAUUUCAAUGUACUCAUUUAAUAUCUAAUGCGGUUGCAUUAGGCUUAAUUUUACGCGUAGCACAAAUUCAAAAUGUUCAUUUACCAACGAUUGAAAAUAUUAUUUUACUUGGUGAACGUGUACCAUCGGAUGUUAUCAAAAAUAUUAUCAAACAACUUGAAAAUGUUCAAAAAAUUAUGAAUGGUUAUAUAUUAACCGAAGUUGCAUCAAUACCAAUACUUACCUGCGAUACAGCAAAUAUUAAAGGUGUUGGAAAAGCAUUGGAUGAAUUUGAUAUAGAUAUUCGCAAACUUGAAAUUUUGGCUAAUUGGAAAGGUAAUAACAAUCAAAUAGGUGAGCUUUGUAUUAAAGCUAUUAGAGGAUCAAAAUUUCUUGGCUAUGAAUUACCGUAUGAGGGAAAUCAGGAAUGGAUCGAAACAGGAGAUGUUGUAACAAUGGAUGAAACUGGUAUUAUUGAGAUUAUUACUAAUAAGGAAGAUUUGAUUGUGGACAAUUCUGGUCAACUAAUCGAACAUUGGCUUAUCGAAAAGGCUAUUUGUUCUCAUAAUGAAAUCAAAGGGGCACAGAUUGUUGCACUUGGCAAGAAACUACCAUUAUAUGCAUUUAUUGUCUUGAAAAAUUCUAAGAUUAAUAUCGAUAUUAUACUAACAGAUUUAAUUGCUUUAUGCAAAAAUAAUAAGAUACGAUGA